UGAGUUCUGACGAACCAUCCAUAUUCCCUCAGUUCCAUGAGCUGUCGGUACGUGCAGGAAGGGCGGUUCCGAAUGGAGGAGAGGACACUGACAGCCUUCCAGUGGCUCUACAGCCCACAGCAGCACCGCAUCCUCAGCCGGGCCGACCUCCAGUCUCCAUCCAGGAUCGACAAGACCAUGCUGGCGAGUCUGAAGGUCAAGAAGCAGGAUCUGGCCAACAGCUCGGAUGUGACCCUCCCAGACCGGCCGCUGUCCCCUCCUCUCACAGCACCUCCCACCAUGAAGUCGUCGGAGUUUUUCGAGAUGCUGGAGAAAAUGCAGGGGAUCAAGCUUGAAGAGCAGAAGCCAGGACCCCAGAAGAACAAGGAUGACUACAUCCCGUACCCCAGCAUCGACGAGGUUGUGGAGAAGGGAGGCCCAUACCCUCAGGUCAUCCUGCCUCAGUUUGGGGGCUACUGGAUUGAGGACCCGGAGAACGUGGGCACCCCAACAUCGCUGGGCAGCAGCAUCUGUGAGGAGGAGGAAGAGGACAACCUCAGCCCCAACACGUUUGGCUACAAGCUGGAGUGCAAGGGCGAAGCCAGGGCCUACCGCAGGCACUUCCUAGGGAAGGAUCAUCUAAACUUUUAUUGUACUGGCAGCAGCCUGGGGAACUUGAUCCUGUCCGUCAAGUGCGAGGAGGCAGAGGGGAUUGAGUACCUCCGGAUCAUUCUCAGGUCCAAACUGAAGACGGUGCAUGAGCGGAUCCCCUUGGUUGGACUGAGCAAGCUUCCCAGCGUCCCUCAGAUUGCAAAGGCUUUCUGUGAUGAUGCGGUGGGACUGAAAUUCAACCCUGUCCUGUACCCCAAGGCCUCCCAGAUGAUUGUGUCCUAUGAUGAGCAUGAUGUCAACAACACAUUCAAAUUCGGAGUCAUUUACCAGAAAGCCAGGCAGACCCUGGAGGAGGAGCUGUUUGGGAACAAUGAGGAGAGCCCAGCUUUUAAGGAGUUCUUGGACCUGUUGGGGGAUACGAUCACGCUGCAGGACUUCAAAGGGUUCCGAGGAGGCCUGGAUGUGACCCACGGACAGACAGGGGUGGAAUCUGUGUACACGACAUUCCGGGACAGGGAGAUCAUGUUUCACGUUUCCACAAAGCUGCCAUUUACCGAGGGAGAUGCCCAGCAGCUCCAGAGGAAGAGACACAUUGGAAACGACAUUGUGGCCAUCAUCUUCCAAGAAGAAAACACACCCUUUGUCCCAGACAUGAUAGCCUCCAACUUCCUCCACGCCUACAUUGUGGUGCAGGUUGAGGCCCCAGGCACGGAGACACCAUCCUACAAGGUCUCUGUCACUGCGCGGGAAGAUGUGCCCACCUUUGGCCCACCUCUGCCGAGCCCCCCUGUUUUCCAGAAGGGCGCAGAGUUCCGGGAGUUUCUGCUCACCAAGCUCACUAAUGCCGAGAAUGCCUGCUGCAAGUCGGACAAGUUUGCAAAGCUGGAGGACCGGACCAGGGCUGCCCUCCUGGACAACCUUCAUGAUGAGCUCCACGCCCACACACAGGCCAUGCUGGGACUGGGCCCAGAGGAGGACAAGUUUGAGAAUGGAGGCCACGGGGGAUUCCUGGAGUCUUUUAAGAGGGCCAUCCGCGUGCGCAGCCACUCCAUGGAGACCAUGGUGGGAGGCCAGAAGAAGUCGCAUAGUGGAGGCAUCCCCGGCAGCCUCAGCGGCGGCAUCUCCCACAACAGCAUGGAGGUCACCAAGACCACCUUCUCGCCUCCAGUGGUGGUGGCAACGGCGAAGAACCAGUCACGGAGUCCCAUCAAGCGGCGGUCGGGGCUCUUCCCCCGCCUGCACACGGGCUCGGAAGGCCAGGGGGACAGCCGGGCACGAUGUGACAGCGUAUCCAGCACACCCAAGACCCCGGAUGGCGGACACUCCUCUCAGGAGAUAAAGUCUGAGACUUCGUCUAAUCCCAGCUCACCGGAAAUCUGCCCCAACAGGGAGAAGCCCUUUAUGAAGUUGAAGGAGAAUGGCCGCGCCAUCUCCCGCUCCUCCUCCAGCACGAGCAGUGUCAGCAGCACCACCGGGGAGGGCGAAGCCAUGGAGGAGGGCGACAGUGGGAGCAGCCAGCCAUCCACAACGUCACCCUUCAAGCAGGAGGUGUUUGUCUACAGCCCGUCCCCGAGCAGCGAGAGCCCCAGCCUGGGGGCAGCCGCCACCCCGAUCAUCAUGAGCCGGAGUCCCACAGAUGCCAAAAGCAGAAACUCCCCGAGAUCGAACCUGAAAUUCCGCUUUGACAAGCUCAGCCAUGCCAGCUCCGGUGCGGGUCACUAAUGUGAAGGAGGAGUCCUUUGCCUGUCCAAGGGAAGCCCCGUUCUGUCUGGAGAAGGCUCCCGUUCCAGCAGUUCGGGCGUGUGGAACACGACCCCGACAGCCCCAGGCCCGCCGCCCCACUGGCCACCUGCCCACAGACCAGCCGUCGGUCCGGGUGUCCCAGGUGGCCACAGCCCUGCCCGCGCCGCCACCGACAUGCCCUCCAAGUACAUCCUGUCUCUGGAUGAGGCCUCCUUCCUCAGGUUCCUCCUUCCUGACCUCCCAGUGUGAUGUCCGGGUCCUUUGUCAUCUUGUUCAGCCUGGAGAGGAAAAGAGUUGGGCAGGGUGGAGGGAGCUCGGCAGUGACUGGGAGCUGAUCUGCCUGAGAGACCACGUUGGGGGUGUUGGCCACAGGGCAGUGCCUUCCCGGACGGGGCGGGCUUUACCACCAGGAAUGCUCUUGGUGGCAUCAUGCUCCCAGGAGCCAAGACUCGGAGCGUCCUUGAGGCCAUCCUGAUAAAAGUCAGCGCUAUUGCCCCUGUAUCCCUGGAUCUCCAGAAUCUCCAUCUUUGCUUCUGUGCUGAACGUCUUUCCCAUCUGCUGAUGGAGGCCCGGGGCUGCCUCCCCGGCUGCCAGGGUACCGUGAGCGGGGCACCAGCCAGUUCAAGCUCAGAGACAGCUGGAUGGGCGGGGGCUGCGCCGCACGCCUCCCGGACGGUGGCGGGCACUUUGUGUCCUGCCCAGCUUCUUACAGGCCCCUGAUUAUGGCCACUGUAGGGGAAGCCCUGAGGCCGUCUCUUCCCCUUAAGCAGACAUUUCUUCCACACAGGGGCGGGAGGCCAGGAGGGAGAAGGAGUUCAGGGAGAGCGGAGGAGCCAGUGCUGGGGGGCUGCUGUGUCGGUUGUGGGCCAGGCCGGGGCCCAGGUCUCUGCCCGCAGGGGACGUUCCAGGAAGACCAGACAUUUCCCCUCCCGACUUACACGAGGAGAGAGUGAGGUGGGGAAGGCUUGCGGGUUCUGAUCGGGCCCAUGUAGGGGGAAGGGGCCCAGUGUCCCUCAGCUGCUUAUGCCCCUGGAGUCUUGGGGGGCCCAGCAUGGCCUUGGGGCCUUUUCCAGCUACUGUGGCCUUCAGCAAUUGCAUCUGGGGCUCAACCCCCAAUCUAUUGCCCUCUCCAGCUGGGGUCUGAGGCAGCUGUCACAUCUGAAGGGUUCCUGCAACCUGGGUCCCAUCUGGGUGUGGUUCAGACCCCAUGACCCACGUGCCACCCCACGCUCAGCAGAGUUCCCUUGCUGGCGCAGCCAGCUCACCCCCAGAACAUCCCCCCGGCUUCUUCCUUCUGAGCCUGCAGGCCCUGGGCUUCUCUGCUGGUGGGCCUGGGUUGGGGUUAAGGUGGGCAUCCUCCAGGUAAAGCAAGCCUGAAGAGUGGCUUUCAGUGCAGACGGGCUGUGGAGGGACGCCGGCUGGCUCCUGCUCCAUGAGUGGGUGACAAGGAUUUCCAACCAAAGGCUUUAUUCCCACAGGGCCUGGACCUGUGCCCCAGAUAUGAACGCUGCUCUCUCAUCCUUUCCUUUCCUUUCGUUUCCUUUCCAUUUCCGUUUGUUUUUCUUCUUUCUUUACGGAUAUUGUGAAACUUCCCCCUUAGCUUUUUCCACUUGAGCAGCAGUUUGCUCCUCACCCCCCCACCUUCGUGGGAAUGAUUGACUCCUGUCUGCAGGCUGGUGGGGAGCGCUCCCCGACGCUGUCUGGGGAAUGUGCUUGCCUCAAGUACUAGUCUAGUAAACUUUAUUCCAGUUAGAAGGUCAACACGGUAUCCGUUGAGCUUUUAUGAAAAGUCACCGCAGCAGCAGCCACUGCUGGAGCGAGGCCCGUGCGUUCUGGCCGCGUUUUGUGUUUUGUUGGCUGGGUUUCUGAAGGAACUUGAAAGGUCAAACUGUAUUUCUUGAGAAACAAAUACAGGUUCCCGCUGGCCUCUCUGGGUGGCUGGCAUCACAGCUGCUGGUGGAUGGGCCGUGUCGCAUUGCAGUCUGGGGUCCUCUGGGGUUUCCAGGCUGUCACCACACCGUCCCAUUUGUCAGUUCCAUACCUGCCUGUUUCCAUACCUGCUUGUCCCCACCACGCUGGCUGGCCCUUGCUGCCUGCUGCCUCCUGGGAGGGCUUUGUCCCUGCCUCUGAGCUGGUAGGCAGGAUGGCUGGGUAGCCCCAGAGAAGCACAGACCUGAGAUGGAGCCUCUACCCCCGGUUUCCUAUUGGAGUGCUCUGAGCAGGACCCCAAAGGCUCCUUCCCUCUGGUCCUGCGUCACUGUCUCUAGAAGCUCCAUCCUGUGGCUUCCAGAGUGUGCACCUCCAGUCCACCUGGGGUGCCAGUGCUGAGAGUAGGGAGGAGAACGGGGAUGGCCCAGUCUCCUCUCCCUCCUCUGGCCCACGGGGCAGGCAGCUCAGGUUCCUGGGGGUCUGCUUCCCCCACGCUCCCUUACAUCUGCUCUGAUUGCAAAUGUCUUUCCUUUUAUGCUGUGCCGUCUUGGGGCUCGGAGAUUUGUUCAGACCUCACUGGCCCUUGCGACAAGGCUCAUUUAGAUGGUGCUCAGGAUGGUAUUUGAGGGAUUUCCACUGUGAUGUCCACUAGGGGGUGUCAUCCUGGACAUGUCUCUGGCUCUGGGAACUGCCUGACCCACUGAAGAAACUGCUUUCCAGGCACUGCAGGCCCAGCCAUAUGCCUCCAGCUCAGUUGAUGCUUAAAACAGGUGCAGAAAAGCUAGAGAUAGAAGGUCUUAAUGGGAGUGUCUGUCUGUGACAAUGAAUGUAAAAAUGUUUCUUGAAAAAUAGUCAGUGGUUCAGCUUUGUCAGCAUUAUCUCAACACCCCAGCCUCUGGUUCCUUUUAGUACCUCAGCCAGCAAUGUCACUGUCCAGAUGAGAAAUCUUAGCCCAAGUGAGGGGAAUGACAUGCUUGAGGUCACACAGCUGGCUGGUGGCAAAGCUGGGAUUGGAACCCUCAACCCAGGAUUCCUUCCCCUGCACAACCUACAUGCUUGGUUGAAUAUGUGACUGCAUUUCCUGGGGCCCUGGGUUUUGGGGAAGACGUUAGCUGGUGGUUUGGCCCUGGCGUGGAGCUGAUCAGUCACGGAUGCUGGUGAGGUCUCGGUUUCUGCUUGUUUUCAUCAGGAGGGAUGGUCUUGGGUUUUUCAGUGAGGACCUUCAGGCUUUGGAUGGAAGGAAAUGAGGAGGGAAGGCGAUUGGGUGACGUUCCUCGGUGGGAUUGGUUCUUCAGCUCCAGUGCAUAAUGGUGGCGGAGGCCAGGGAGAGGGUGCUGCCCACCAGCCCCCAGCCUCCCUUUUCCUGAAUUAGGAGGAAAAGUGGUCCAAGAAAACUCUAUUUCUCCCUGAUUCUCAAACAAAGGUGGUCAAUAAAAACCUGGGCAAGCGCCUGUCUCACUUUCCUCCCGGACCCUUGAAGGUGCCAACGCAAACAUGACCUUUCUCAUUGGUUUCUAAGUCAGUAGAGACAGCUCUGUUUUGAGCAGUCGGGGGUUCGAGUAGAUCUCAUGGCUACAGGUGGCCAGCACAGACCAGGCCGGCCAGCCAUGCUCAGGACCCCUUGGCUUCCAGCUACCCGUCAUCAAGGCAAGGGGAGCCCAGUAAAGUUUGCCAAGGCUGAUCCUGCAGCCUGGCGGGGCUGGCUAGGGUAUUCUUUUUACCAAGCUCUAUUUUACCACCAGCCCCUGUCCACCCCAAUCUCAUGUCUUCUUCCCUUCAGCUGGGCCAUGUGCCCCUUUGGGAGGAAGACCAGCCCCACCAGGGCCAAGGGCAGCAGAGCCCUGCCUAGUGAGAGGCCGUGGGGCCGCGGCUCUGUCCUGCGCCUUGCCGGCCCUGGGGAGGGGGGCGUUUGGCUGGAAGACUGGAACUGAAUUGCCAUCGUCUUUGAUUUUGUGACAUUUCUGCUUGGACUUGCAAAUCUCCCUUCCUGCCCCUUAGCAUGUGUGUGGCUCCUUCUUGUCGUGAGUGGUCCCCUUGGACGCUGCAGCUCAGGGCGCGCUGACGUGUGAGCGUGCAGAUUCCCCUGUGUGGUAGAACCUAAGGACGGUGGCUUGGAAGAGAUGCUCCAUGGGACGAUGACUUUCCUUUCUUUCCUCUUAGUGAGCAGGUGAUUCCUAGACCCCAACUGCCUAUGUCAUGUAAAUAAUGUACAUUUAAUUUAUUGCUAUGGUAGCACAUUGUAUUUGUUAAUGUACAAAACAAAUUCUAAAAGGUUGACAAAUGUAUAUUUUGUUGCUUAAAUGUGUCUUUGCAGAAAUUGACAAUAAAUAACAUAUUUUGUGUCCA